CGUUUGUUCCGGGGUUGUCUGUUGACGUCUCGCUCCUGCCGCCAUGCCUAAAGUGGUGUCUCGUUCGGUUGUUUGCUCGGACACGCGCGACCGCGAGGAAUACGAUGACGGCGAGAAGCCCCUGCACGUCUAUUACUGCCUGUGUGGGCAGAUGGUGCUGGUUUUGGAUUGUCAACUCGAGAAGCUGCCCAUGAGACCACGAGACAGAGCCCGGGUGAUUGACGCUGCCAAACAUGCCCACAAAUUCUGUAACACUGAGGAAGAGGAAAAUGUUUAUCUUCGCAGGCCAGAAGGCAUUGAACGGCAAUACAGGAAAAAAUGUGGAAAGUGUGGACUGCUUCUCUUUUACCAGCAUCAGCAGAAGAACGCCCCAGUGACGUUCAUUGUUGAUGGCGCUGUGGUCAAAUUUGGACAGGGCUUUGGAAAAACAAACAUUUACACCCAGAAGCAAGAGCCUCCCAAGAAGGUGAUGAUGACCAAACGGACCAAGGACAUGGGCAAGUUCAGCUCAGUCACUGUCUCGACCAUUGACGAAGAGGAAGAGGAAAUUGAAGCGAGAGAAAUUGCUGAUUCCUAUGCACAGAACGCCAAGGUGAUUGAGAAACAGCUGGAACGGAAAGGCAUGAGCAAGCGGAGGCUGCAGGAGCUGGCUGAACUGGAAGCCAAGAAGGCCAAGAUGAAAGGAACGCUAAUCGAUAAUCAGUUCAAAUAAGAAACACUGAGAUGCAGUCAUCGUUGAGAUGUUUUGUUUCGGGAAAAGGAAGAAAGCCGCAGCAACUCCCAUCCUGUGUAGCAUGCCACAUGAAAUCCGGAUACAUCUUUAAAAGGCACUUUCUUGAUCAUCACCUUAAAGGAUGGGGCCGUUCUGGUUCCUGAGAAGGAUUCUCUGUUCUGUCGUGUGCCAUGUAAUUAACAUCUCCUGAAAUUCCCCAUUGUAUGCCUGGGAAGUAAUCAAUAAACACUUAGUUACUGGCAAGCAACCCGUCCUUCUCAAUGUAGCCUUCUGUUGAGGGGGUGUAUAUAAUAGCAUUAACAUGGCUCAGAUACACUCAAUAUUUUUAUUGUUAA